AUGUUCCCUGGGCCUUUUAAGCCUUUGAUGCCAAAGUGCAGGAAGGGCUGCAUCCAGACGCAAGAGCAGGCGGCGGGCUGGGCCGCAUCUCCCACGUGGCCCCGCGUGGGCAGUGUGUGCGUGGGUCCCCUGCGCUGGGCCCUGGGCCACGUGACCCCAUCGCUGGCCGAGGCCAGGGGCCAGCAAAGGCGGUGCGCAGGGAGCUGGCUGCAGAGCAGCGGGAGGCAGCCGAGGCGGCAGCAGCUGGAGAGGACAACCCUUGUGGCCACCGGAGAGCCUCAUUUGAAAUGCCACCUCGCCUUCCUGCCUCACCCCCAGCGCCACCCCAGGCGGGCCCGUGCUGCCGUGAAGUCGGCUCAGGAAAAUGAGAAGGCAACUGCCCACUCGAGGUCACCGUGGCCACCGCCAGGGGACCGGCUCCGCACUUCAGGCAGGCCCCAGAGCGGGGAGGACCUGCUUGGCGAGGUGCAGCUCACGCUGCAGAGCCUGGGGCAAGAAGAAUAUGAGGAACAGGAUUCAGAAACCAGAUUCCUGGGGCAGACCUUCCGCCCUUCUGAGGAGCCCCCUGAGCCUACUCUCAAUCCAAGGCCCCAGCCUACCAGGCAUCUGGAGUUAGUGUCCAUGCCUACAAAAUGGCAGCUGAGCAAGGAUGAGACCACCACCCUGGGUGUCAGGACCCCUGAGACCUCACUGAGCCUGUCUACCACAACCAGCAAUCAAACGGCCUGGAAAAGUCUUUCCCCUCUGCCCAUCCUAGAGGAGAGGCGGUGGCCUCCGCCUUGCUCCACGCACUCUGGCAUUGUGCCCAUCGACAUAUCUGGACAGCAGUUUGAUAAACAUGCACGUUUGCGACACUCGUUGUUUAACACGGAGACAGCCGUGAACCCCAAGUCCACCCUGAGGCGGAGGCGGACCAUUAUUGGAUCCUCUAACUAUUCCCAGCGAGACGAAGGUCAUAGCAACAUCCCAGCAGACAGUGUGGCCAACUCAACCACUUCAGAUAGCAGGUCCAGCCAUUCAGUCCCAGAAGGUGUUCACGGAAGAAUUGCACUUAGUCAGGAAACUCAGUUCCAAAAUCUCACCGCAUCAGUACUCAGAAAUCCUUCUGGCCAUCGGGAAGAAGCUCACCAAGAGCAUAGUGGUGCCAACCCUCCGGGCAUGGAGAGCAUGGGAAUGUUGUACAGUGUCCCCAAUUCUUGCAAUGGAACAACAGAAUCUACAUUCUCCACUUCCUGGAAGGGAGAUACUUUCACCUACAUGAUUCCAAGUGCUGCCAGCCAGAGCAAUCAAGUCAAUGAAAAUGAAAAGAAUCCUUCCGGGAAGUCUUGGGUCUCUUUAAAGACACUCCCGCCUCUGGUGCCCAAGGAGACUGCCACCCUCUCUGUCACUCGUGGUAACCCAGCAGGAUGCAGUGGGUUAGCUAGCUACUCAGAGCACCCUCCUCAACGAAGGCAAGUCCCAGAACGAACUGCCAAGAUUGGCCUUCUGACCAGCGGUACCUCAAGACUGGAGAGAGGCCCAGGUGGGGCCAGCAAAUUCCGCGAGCGUUCCCUGUCUGUGCCCACAGACUCGGGCAUCAUCGAGGUGGACUAUGAUGAAAGGCAGAAGGCCAGCGAAACCUGUGGCCUGCCUUAUGCGAGUACAAGUUGUGAGGGAAGUAACAGUGCUGACAACAUUGCCUCCUUCGGUGCCGAACAGGAGGCCAAGCACAGAAGGCAAAGGUCCAAGAGUAUCUCGCUCAAGAAGGCCAAAAAGAAGCCUCUUCCACCGAUGCGCAGCGUCUCACUGGUCAAAGAUGAACCAGUCCUCUUGCCAGAAGGGGGGCGCAUGUGCCCCAAGGACCAGAGACCCAAGAGUCUUUGUCUGUCCUUGGAGCACCACAGACAGAAUUUGUCCCACCCAGAUGCUCAGGGCCAGCCACCUAUGCCAACCCUCAAAGAUGCUGAAGGUACACAACCCUCCCACCACUGGGAUCUUACUGACUGGAAGUCUGGUGACACCUACCAGUCCUUGUCCAGCUCUAGUACUGCCACUGGCACCACAGUCAUUGAGUGCACCCAAGUUCAAGGCAGCUCAGAGUCUCUUGCUUCCCCUUCCACCUCCAGAGCCACUACGCCUUCACAACUCUCCAUUGAGAUGGAGGCCCGGGAGAUAACCUCUCCAGGAAGGCCCACCGGACUAAUGUCACCAUCUAGUGGAUACUCCAGUCAGUCAGAGACACCAACACCCACUGUGUCCAUGUCUUUGACUCUUGGCCACUUUGCGCCUCCUAGCAGCGGUGUUCGGGUACGUCCAGUGGUGCCCGAAAGGAAAUCAUCACUACCCCCGACAUCGCCAAUGGAGAAAAGUUCCAAGUCAAGGCUAUCAUUUGACUUACCCUUGACCUCUUCCACCAACCUGGAUAUGUCUUAUAUGAGUAUCUCCAUCCCAAGUAAAACCAAGGUGAGCCGGCAUCACUCAGAUACAAAUUUUGGGGCCAAACUGGCCCAGAAAGCUAGUCCCAACCAGCCAAUCAUGCCCAUGGUUACUCAAUCUGACCUACGUUCUGUUCGCCUGAGGUCAGUCAGCAAGUCUGAGCCAGAAGAUGACGCUGACAGUCCCGACUAUGCUGAAGAGCCUGGAACAGAAGUCUUCACCUUGUCUGAGAGAAAAAUGAAGCCCCCUGUAGCUGAGAAGCCUCCGUUGGCCCAAAGGCCUUUGAGCUUGGUCCACAGAACACCAUCAGGCCCCAGGGGUUACCCACUAACUUCACCUACUCUGGCUAUGACCAGCAAGAGCUCAAUUCAACACAUGAAGCCACUCCCUCCAGACAUCUACACAGUGAUGAGGAAACCAAAGUCUUCCAGCUCCUCUGAUGGCAGGAGCCCAGGGGAAUCUGCAGCGCGCUUACCACUAGUGUUCGCCCCUUUUGCCAGUUCCUCUGGCGCUUUCUUCUCAGGAACACAUCUGCCUCCCCUGGGAACUGCGGAGGAUGAGAGCAUCAAAGUGAGAGCCUUGCCUGAAAGAAUUAGCCUCCAGAGUCAGGAAGAAGCUGAGCAAAAGAAAGGCAAGAUUCCACCUCCUGUACCAAAAAAGCCCAGUGUGCUGUACCUGCCUCUCACCUCCCCCACAGCUCAGGUGGACAUUUAUGUGGCAGAGCCAAGGCAGCCUCUCAGUCCCAUCAUCACCCUGGAGGAAGAUGCCAAGUGUCCGCCUACCUGUGAGGACCUGCAAUUGCCUGGAAAAGAGAUGACGUCAACUCCACAGGCAAACCUCAUGGGGAGUUCUAUGGAUCCAAGCAUGGAAGAAAAAAGCUUAAUCAGUGAUAAAACAGCUGAAUCGAUUGCAGAAGAUGAUGAUGAUGUAUUUAUGGCUUCCCGCACAACUGAAGAUUUAUUUACUGUGAUACACAGGUCCAAAAGAAAGCUCCUUGGCUGGAAGGAGCCUGGUGAGGUUUUUGGAGGCAGCCGACCAAGCGCCCACUCACCAAUAAAGAAUACCGCUGAUUCUACAAUCAGUGAGGCUGCUGCCUCUGCAGGGUCAGGCAGCAGUGCCAACCUGGAUGCUGGCAGAAAUGAUGACUUCAAGGCUCUGCUACAAAAGAAGGGAAGUAAGGUAACGCCAAGGUCCCGCCCUUCAGCAGCUGAACUACUAAAGACCACCAACCCACUGGCUCGGAGAAUUAUAGCACAGUUUUCAAAAGACUAUGAAACCACUGAUAGCUCCAGCACCUAAGUGCUGGGUUCUACAAGCAUGAUUUGAUUACUAAACUUGAGUAGAAAAAGGGAGAGAAGACAGGUGUUUUUUUAAAAAGGACCACAAGAUCCUAUAUUUCCUGUUACAUGGACUCACAGUCUGGAUAGCCGAAGAAAGACUACUUCAGCCACAUCUUCAAAUAUUUUGUUUUCUCAUUCUUACAAUUUCUGCCAUCACUAUCGAUUUUUUUUUCAUUUCCCUUAAUAAUAUACACAGA